AUGUCCGGACCUGUCCGCAAGGCCCGAGCAGAGGCCGGCUUGGCACAGCCCGUGGGGCGUCGUGGAGAACCCGGGGCCGUUGAUGUGCUAGCUGGGCUACGAGCAAAACUCGGCUCCAAGACGAUUUCAAUCUGGUCCGACGAGCACUACGCGGGGAAGAAGCCGGAGCGCCAUCUCGGCUGGUCCUCCCGAGACUGA